AUGGCCGGUACCGGGAAAGCAGUUGUACUUGGGAUCAGCGGAUGUUCGUCUAGUGGUAAGACAACUCUUAGUCGACUUUUGCGUGAUAUAUUCCCAAACACUUUCAUCCUGCAUGAAGAUGACUUCUACCGACCUGAAGAACAACUUCCUAAAAAGCAUGAUCUGGUAGAUUGGGACUGUGCUGAAGCUUUGGAUGUACCAGAAAUGGUCAAAUCCCUUGAACAUAUACGCAAAGAAGGCACAUUUCCUCCUAAUCUCGAUUCCAAAGAAGAUCAAAACUCCAUUGGAGAAUGUCCAGUCCCAGAUACAGAGAUUGAAGCAUUGAAAGCUCAAGUAAAACUAUGGACUCAGCCUGGACAGCCAGGUCAUGGAAUUCUAUUAGACACAGAUUCUCCUAUUCGGCUUUGCGUUUUUGACGGGUUUCUCCUCUACUCCAAGUCUUUGGUCCAAGUUCAAUCUCAAAUUGAUAUAAAACUUUUCCUUCGUGUUAGCUAUGAAAAAGCAAAAGGUCGAAGGGAAGCCCGCAGUGGCUAUGUAACCCUCGAGGGGUUCUGGGAAGACCCACCAGGGUACGUUGACAAAAUUGUCUGGCCAAAUUAUGUUGAGGAUCACAAGUGGAUGUUCGAAGGUGGUGAUGUUGAGGGUCAACUAAAGGAAGAUAUUGUCAAUGAUUUGAGUCUGAAAUGUCAAGAUGGAGGUUUGGAUAUCGAUAUGACGACGACACUCAAGUGGGCUGUGGCUACGGUCAUAGAGUCCUUGCCUUCUUUUGCACGGGGAGCCUGA